GAAAGAAAAGAAACACUUGGAAGAUUCUUUGAGCACAUUUGAAAAAAAAAAAAAAAGAAUAAAAAAAAAAGAUCCUUAAAUAAAAACACCUCCAUUUUGUAGAGAGUGCGGAGGAAGGUGUUUAUUAAAGAAAUAAAAAAAAAAAACAGAAAUAAAAACAUGGAGAAAAAAACUUGCUUUUAAAAAACAGAUACAAAAAAAAAUAAUAAUAAUGAUAACUAAAAGAAUAAAAAGAUGAUUGCCCUGGGAGUUUUAAGAACAUACAAGAAGAUGCAACUAACCCCAGCGGGACUUAUAUACGUCUAAUUUUCAUUAAGAUAAAAAGAAGAUGAUGGGUGGCGAGAACCAGACACCAAACGCCACCCCAACGGCUAUCACCAACGCGUCCAGCCCUGGCGGGACUGCCCACAACCCUGAGCUGCUGCUCCAGUCCCUCCUGACCACCGUGAUGACCCUUAUAGUCCUGAUGAUCAUUAUCGGUAACCUGCUGGUCAUCCUUGCCAUUGCCAAGACCCCUCGCCUGCAGACCAUCACCAACAUUUUCAUCACGUCUCUCGCCUGUGCCGACCUCAUCAUGGGGAUAAUGGUGGUGCCUCUGGGGGCCUCCUUGGUGGUCUCCCAGCACUGGCUGCUGGGGACCACGGCCUGUGAGCUGUGGACGUCGGUGGACGUCCUGUGCGUGACGGCCAGCAUCGAGACUCUGUGCGUGAUCGCGGUGGACCGCUACAUCGCCAUCACGGCGCCCCUGAGGUACAAGGUCCUGCUGAGCAAAGCACGUGCCCGGGUGAUUGUGUGCAUGAUCUGGGCUGUGUCAGCGCUCAUCUCCUUCCUGCCCAUCAUGAAUCACUACUGGCGUGACGAGGCAGACAAGGAGGCCCGCAUAUGCUACCAGGACCCCACAUGCUGCGACUUUGUCACCAACAUGCCCUACGCCAUCACCUCCUCCGUAGUCUCCUUCUACAUCCCCCUAGUGGUCAUGAUCUUCGUCUACACCCGCGUCUUUGUCAUCGCAUCCAAGCAGGUGCACCUGAUCGAGAAGAACCGGGUGCGUUUCCACGACAACCUGGGGGAUGGCUGGGGGCCCACCCUGGCCCCCGGGAAGCAUGCCAAGCGUCGGCCCUCCAGGCUGGCAGCCGUAAAAGAGCACAAGGCCCUCAAGACGCUGGGCAUCAUCAUGGGCAUCUUCACCCUGUGCUGGCUGCCCUUCUUCAUGGCCAACAUCAUCAAGGUCUUCAUCAAGGGCAUCCCCGAAAAGCACGUCUUCCUGACGUUGAACUGGCUGGGCUACAUCAACUCCGGCUUGAACCCGAUCAUCUACUGCCGGAGCCCUGAUUUCCGAACGGUCUUCAAGAAGCUGCUCCAUUGCCCCUGGGUUUCGGAGACGUGGCUGCGCGCCUUUUCUAAGGAGCUUCAGAUGCGGUGCCCCUGCCUUGCUGGGGACGGUGGAGGUGGAGGGGGAGGUAGCAAGGGUCCAGGGGGCCCUUACCAAACACACGCCCCCAUCCCGGUGGGGCCAGAGGCGGAGGAGAGCGUAGCUAGCAGCCAGAGCAGCAGCCGCAGCGAGGAGCCCUCACCCAGAGAACCGUGUCCCAAUGGGAAAGCACACUUCCGUGAAUUCGCUAUGAAGGAGACAGAAAGGUAAGCGCUUAAUUUGUUAUAUAGGUGUGAUAUAGAGAUGUCAUCUGGGCUCAUGGAUUCAUAAGGCAUUUUAUAGUUGCCAAUUUCUUAAUAAAAAAAUAAUAAUAUCUUACAUCAAAAAUGACAUAAAAAGUCAUUAAUUAUAUUAGACUUUUCUUAAGAAUUGUUUUUAAGAAGGUAGCACAAUUUCGGAGCCAGAUAAGAACUGUGUUUUAAAUAAGUUUUAAUGCAGUGAAAUGUAUUUUUAAACUUUAUUUAUUGCUUUCCUGAACAUUUCCAUAAUGCAAAACACAUUAGGCUUCUUGUCAAAACUUUCUACGGUACUAAAUUGAAUGACAACGCUUUCCAAAAAGAGUCAAAUAUAAUUCAAAUGAGCUCAAAUACAAUUUCCUGCUGUUAGUAUAAUUCUCCUAUAUUCACGUCCAAUGCAACUCCCUCCAGCUAGUGCAAGAGCACAGAUAUAAUAGGAUAUAUAUAUUUGGCCUCCUUGAUAGAAAUUUGGGAAAUAAAAAAAAAAAAAAACAUGAGUGUUUUUGUAUUUGAAAACCAGAAAGAAUUUGAAGAGAGCUCUUCUUAAACAGCGCUGAGCGCCACAAAAAUGUGUUUAUCUGCCUUCAUUGAGAAGGUGGCUCUGGCCGGCUAUUACUUCAUUGCACGCAGCUGAAUCAGAUAAAGUUUAUCUGUCCUUGAACAGAUUCCAUUCAUAGCCUGCACUUUAAACUGCUGUGAGAGACACUGUUUAAAAAAACAACACAAACCCACAAAACACAAACAGAAAUUAAUAACUAAGUUUCUAUUUUAAGUGGCUAACUUUAGCUGACUUCCAAUUACAUGUAAGGAAAUGUUUUCAAAACUGUCAGCUUACCUGCAAGUAAAUGUACCUGUAUUAAACAUUAUUGGCAUUAUGAAACAUUUGCAGUAAAUAGCAUUAUGUUAAUAAUGAUUAAUCGAUUGAUAGAAAAUGCUGAAACCUUAUCUAUCUAUUUAUCAGUAUAUAUAUAUACUGGACCCCAUUAUAAAUAUUUUGCUAUGUUAUUGAACUAGUUUGACCCUCGUUGCCAAUUUAGACACAUUUGAAAUAAGCAUAAAAUAACAUUUUGGGGGAUGUUUACUGUAUUAGGCGAGCUUGUGACGCAUUGAGUAAAUUUGUCGUAUGUGUCAAAACUACGAAACACACACAGUGGUGCAUUUAGUAAAACUCAAAGAAACGCACACGUUUCAACGACGCCUGUUUGGAGUGGAAGACAUGGAGAAAGUCUUCUAGUCAAAACGUCUGUGGUCGGAUUUAUUAAGAUCACUGCUUAGGUCAAAGUCCAAAGUCCAGAUAAAGAUUGUUUCAAACAUAAACGCUUCCUCUUAUCAACUUCAGAAACUAAAAAAAAAAAAAAAAAAAAAACAAACAGACAACUGUUCUCUACACUUCUGUGUGAGCUUCCCUACAAAACCAUAUUGCAGUAUCAGGGUGUGCAUUCAAUACAGCCCUCAUAAAACUUCCCCAUAGUCAAAGCACAGCACAGUGUAAUAAAGCACAGUGGAAGCCCGGUGAAGGAGCAGGCAGCAUUGUACUGCUUCUGUUGGAGUUGCAUUGUUCAAAUAAACUCAGAUAGUAAAGUCUAACAUUGGGAGGCGAAAAGAGUUUUAUUUUCACCAAGAAAUUACGAAGCAAAUGUCUUGUUAAUGAUCAUAGAUGUGCUGAUUAAACUGCAAGCACAUACAGUCUGUACUUGCAUGUAUUGCACUGUGUGGUAUAUUUUAUACCUUAUGUUCCAGGCCACAAAAUCUAUAUGAAAUAUAUCUACUUCAUCUAUAUGUGAACAGAAUUCCUUUGUAAAAGUGCAUGGUGCUUUAAUUGUGUUCCCCAUGCCUUUACUGUGAAUCUGGUUUGCAUUUAGUGUUCCGUAGUUUGCAUGUCUUUGGAUAGCUUUUGCCAUACUAGAGAGCCUAGCUCUGCUUUGAGAUGCUUGCACUGUGCUUUAUUACACUUGGCUGUGCUUUUACUAGGGGAGGCUCUGGUAAGGGUCAGCCUGGCUAUGCCUGGGCAUACAGUGCCAGUUUUACUUUGCAAAGCAUUUUCUUUCCUGUGCUUGUGUGAAUUGAAAUGAGGUCUGUGUUAGUUUAGGCACUUCUAUAGCAGCAGACUUUCAAUACUGAACCACAGUGUUUUGACAAUUUAGAACAGCAAAUCUGCUCUUAAUGCGAGUCGAUAUGUGUGUUUGUGUGUGUGUGUGCGUGUGUGAGAACGAGAGAGAGAGAAAGAGAGAGGGGGGGGAGUGCGUAUGCAUAUUUAUGUAUUUCAAUAAUGGCAAAUUAUAACUGGAAAUGCAAUAAGAAAGCUUGCAUCUACAGUAUACCAUGCUGUAAGUAAAUAGAGGAUAUAUAGAGAGAUGGCAGGCACUAUGGUAUAAUGCUGAAAUAAGCAAGAGGUUUCUUUUAGAGAUUCCCGAAAUGAAAUUACACAUAAACACAUCAUUGUUUUUAUAAUAUUAUAACUUCUGUUUUUAAUCAUUUCAACAAACACUUCACACUGUAUACUUGCAUCAGUGUUAUACAAGUUUAGCACCAUCAAUGUUCACAGUGGUUUUGCAUCUUUCCCAUGCAUUCUCCAUAGUUUAUCAUGGUUUGUCCAGACCUCUCUGAGCUUUACAGUGCUUCCCUAUGCUUUACCAGACCC